UGAAGGAAAGCAACUAGAGGAGCGGUGGAAAGAAACUUUUAAAAAGAUUUGAGUUUUUGGUGGGUUGUGUGUGGGUUUUGUUUUUUUUUUAAUGCUUUUUCUGUGUGCUUCUGCAAGGGCUGUUUUCUCCCAGGCAAUAUCCAUUCACUUCCCAAGGAACUAAAAACUACUUAUGACUACAAAGGUUUGCUGAUACUGCAUGUAUCCAAUGGCAGGGAUGAUGGUCCAUCAUCAGCUCAGGACAUGGAGCUGGUUCUUCUUUGUCUUCAUAGCAGUCACUGCUCAGUUAAUGAACGGUGUCCAGGGUCAAGUGGCCCCACCGUCAAGAUUAAGAUAUACUGUUGUUGGUCAUGACAGUAUUCAGAUUUCAUGGAAAGCCCCAAAAGGGCAGUUUGAUGGAUAUAAACUCCUCGUCACUCCAAAUUCAGGUGGAAAAACGGAUGAGCUCACUCUUCAAAACAGUGCAAACAAAGCAAUUAUUCAAGGUCUUAUCCCUGAUCAGAGCUAUACGGUUCAGCUAGUAGCCUUUGCCAAGGAUCAAGAAAGCAAGGCCGCUCAAGGCCAGUUCCGAAUUAAAGAUAUCGAGAAAAAGAAGGAAACCUCAGGUAAAUCCAAGGUCAAGGAUGUAGGUAUAUGGAAACCUGCCAGCCCAACAAAGGAUACUGAAAGUGCACCCGCUCCUGAAGCAGAAGAGAGCCAAUUCAAAUGUAAAUCGCCAGCCAUUGCAGACAUAGUGAUCCUCGUGGAUGGCUCCUGGAGCAUUGGCAGAUUCAACUUCCGGCUUGUGCGUCAUUUCCUGGAGAAUCUGGUUGCUGCCUUCAAUGUGGGUUCUGAAAAAACAAGAAUAGGACUUGCGCAGUACAGUGGAGACCCACGGAUUGAAUGGCAUUUGAAUACCUAUAGCACCAAGGAUGCUGUUUUGGAUGCAGUACGUAACCUGCCCUAUAAGGGUGGGAACACCUUAACAGGUCUUGCCUUAACUUUUAUUUUGGAAAACAACUUUAAGCCUGAGGCAGGAGCAAGACCUGGGAUCCCCAAAAUUGGUAUAUUGAUCACAGAUGGGAAAUCCCAAGAUGAUGUCAUUCCACCCGCAAAAAACCUGCGAGAUGCUGGCAUUGAGUUGUUUGCUAUUGGUGUAAAGAAUGCUGAUGAAAAUGAACUGAAAGAGAUUGCCUCUGAACCAGACAGCACUCAUGUCUACAAUGUUGCCGACUUCAGUUUUAUGAACUCCAUUGUGGAAGGACUUACAAAAACGGUGUGCUCAAGAGUAGAAGAACAAGAAAAGGAAAUAAAAGGAACACUGGUAGCCACGGUUGGGGCGCCUACAGAUUUGGUCACAUCAGACGUGACAGCCAGAGGAUUCCGUGUGAGCUGGACGCAUGCACCAGGCAAAGUGGAAAAAUACAGAGUUGUCUACUAUCCUACUAGAGGAGGGCAACCUGAGGAGGUGGUGGUGAAUGGCAGUGUUUCAACAGCAGUAUUGAAAAACCUGAUGUCUAUAACUGAAUACCAGAUCGCUGUAUUUGCCAUAUAUGUGAGUUCUGCCAGUGAGGGCCUUCGGGGUACCGAAACUACGCUUGCUUUGCCGAUGGCAUCCGAUAUGGAGUUGUACGAUGUGUCGCACAGCAGCAUGAGAGCAAAGUGGAGUGGCGUAGCGGGUGCAACUGGCUACAUGAUUCUGUAUGCUCCUCUUACUGAUGGGCUGGCAGCUGAUGAAAAAGAGAUGAAAAUUGGAGAAAGCUCAACAGAUAUUGAACUGGAAGGUCUGCUGCCCAAUACAGAAUACACCAUCACAGUUUAUGCAAUGUUUGGAGAAGAAGCCAGUGAUCCCCUUACAGGGCAAGAAACAACAUUACCUUUAAGCCCACCACGGAACUUGAAGUUUUCAAAUAUCGGACACAGCUCGGCUAAGAUAACAUGGGAUCCUGCUUCUAAAAAAGUGAAUGGCUAUCGCAUUAUGUAUGUUAAGACAGAUGGAACAGAAACCAACGAGGAGGAGGUUGGUCAUGUGUCAACACAUACUCUGAAGAGCUUGACGUCUCUCACAGAAUACACGGUUGCCAUUUUCUCCCUCUACGACGAGGGGCAAUCUGAGCCCCUCACUGGCAGCUUCACCACAAAGAAAGUUCCAUCCCCUCAGUAUUUGGAAAUAUACGAAGUCUCUACAGAUAGUUUUAGAGUCAGCUGGAAGCCACCCUCUUCUGAUGUAGCCCUGUAUCGACUAGCGUGGAUUCCACUUGGUGGGGAAGAAGGUGAAGAGAUUGUCUUAAGUGGAGAAGUGGACACACAUGAGAUUGAAGGCUUGCUACCCGGCACAGAGUAUGAGGUGUCCUUGGUGGCCCUCUUUGACGAUGAAAGUGAAAGUGAUGUUGUUGCUGUCCUUGGAACCACAUUUGAUACAACUACUACUGAAAUGACCACCAUAACUACUACUAGUACGACAACUUCCAAACCUACAACAGCAGCCUUUCGAACAGGAAUAAGAAAUCUGGUUAUAGAUGAUGAAACUACAUCGAGCUUGAGGGUGAAAUGGGACAUUUCGGACUACAGUGUUCGUCAGUUUAGGGUGACGUACCUCACUGCCAGUGGUGAUCGGGGUGAGGAAGCGGUAAGAAUGGUAAUGGUGCCUUCAAGGCAAAAUAAUUUGCUCCUUCAGCCUUUGCUCUCAGACACUGAAUAUAAAGUGAUGGUCACUCCGAUCUACUCUGAUGGGGAAGGCAUCAGUUUGUCAGUUCCGGGCAAAACCUUGCCAUUGUCCGCGCCGCGCAAUCUGAGGGUGUCUGAUGAAUGGUACAACAGAUUGCGUAUUAGCUGGGAUGCCCCUCCAUCGCCCACAAUGGGAUACAGGAUUGUAUAUAAGCCCUUGAACAUCCCUGGACCAGCACUCGAGACCUUUGUGGGAGAUGAUAUCAGCACUAUCCUUAUUUUGAAUUUGUUCAGUGGAACUGAAUAUAGUGUUAAAGUGUUUGCUUCAUACUCAACAGGAUUCAGUGACGCCUUAACGGGUGUGGCCAAAACAUUGUACUUGGGUGUGACAAAUCUAGGAGCUUAUCAAGUCCGCAUGACGAGUUUAUGUGCUCAAUGGCAGCUUCACAGGCAUGCAACAGCAUACAGGAUAGCAAUAGAAUCUCUUGUUGAUGGAACACAAGCAGAAGUACUGCUUGGUGGAGGGACUCCAAGACACUGUUUCUUUGAGCUUGCACCGGGAACGGCAUAUAAAAUCAGUGUUUAUACACAGCUCCAUGAAAUAGAAGGGUCCGGUGUUAGCAUAAUGGAGACGACAUUACCAUUCCCAACUCAGCCACCACCAGCUCCUCUAACCACCACCCCUCAACCGACAAUUCCUCCUGCAAAGGAAGUUUGCAAAGCUGCGAAGGCUGACCUCGUGUUUUUGGUGGACGGGUCCUGGAGUAUUGGAGAUGAAAAUUUCAACAAAAUAAUUGGCUUUCUGUAUAGCACCAUUGGCGCUCUUGAUAGGAUUGGGCCUGAUGGAACUCAGGUGGCAAUUGCUCAGUUCAGUGAUGAUCCCCGGACAGAGUUUAAACUGAAUGCCUAUAGAACAAAGGAGACCCUUCUGGAAGCCAUCCAGCAAAUCGCAUACAAAGGAGGAAAUACAAAAACAGGCAAGGCAAUAAAACAUGCUCAGCAAGCCCUAUUUACCAUUGAUUCGGGGACCAGAAAGGGAAUCCCAAAGGUUUUAGUGGUGAUCACAGACGGGCGAUCACAGGAUGAUGUGAACAAAGUCUCCAGAGAAAUGCAGCUAGAUGGAUUUAGUAUAUUUGCCAUUGGCGUAGCAGAUGCCGAUUAUUCAGAACUGCUUAACAUUGGCAGCAAGCCUAGUGAAAGACACGUCUUCUUCGUGGAUGACUUUGAUGCCUUUAAGAAAAUUGAAGAUGAACUGAUCACUUUUGUCUGUGAAACAGCAUCAGCAACUUGCCCAUUGGUUUACAAAGAUGGCAGCAGCCUAGCAGGAUUUAAAAUGAUGGAUAUGUUUGGUUUGGUUGAAAAGGAGUUUGCAACUGUGGAAGGGGUUUCUAUGGAGCCUGGGACGUUCAAUGCCUACUCCUGUUACAGACUGCAUAAGGAUGCCUUAGUUUCUCAGCCAACCAAAUAUUUGCACCCAGAGGGCCUUCCUUCAGAUUACACCAUUACCUUUCUCUUCCGUAUACUCCCUGAAACACCUCAGGAACCAUUUGCUCUGUGGGAGAUUUUAAAUGAAGAGUAUGAGCCACUGGUUGGAGUUAUUUUGGACAAUGGUGGCAAAACCUUGACUUUCUUUAAUUAUGACUACAAGGAUGAAUUCCAGACAGUGACUUUUGAAGGACCGGACAUAAAGAAAAUAUUUUAUGGAAGUUUCCAUAAGUUGCAUGUUGUUAUCAGCAAAACAACAGCUAAAGUGGUGGUUGACUGCAAACAAGCUGGUGAGAAAGCGAUCAAUGCUGCAGGCAAUAUUACUUCUGAUGGGAUAGAAGUACUUGGGAGAAUGGUUCGAUCGAGAGGACCAAGGGACAACUCUGCACCAUUCCAGUUGCAGAUGUUUGAUAUCGUUUGUACCACUUCAUGGGCCAAUAGAGACAAAUGCUGCGAACUUCCAGCAUUGAGAGAUGAAGAAAGCUGUCCUUCCCUUCCCCAUGCUUGCUCUUGUUCUGAAGUCAGCAAGGGACCCAAUGGACCCCCUGGACCACCGGGUGGUCCAGGCCUCAGAGGUCCAAAGGGUAACCGUGGUGACCAUGGUCCGAAGGGCCCAGAUGGACCUCGUGGUGAAAUUGGAGCUCCUGGUCCUCAAGGGCCUCCUGGGCCACAGGGGCCAAGUGGACUUUCUAUUCAAGGACUUCCGGGACCAAAUGGUGAAAAAGGAGAAAAGGGUGAAAUUGGUCGUCCUGGCCUGCAGGGUGUUCCAGGAGCAUCUGGAUCUCCAGGGCGAGAUGGAAACCAAGGUCAAAGGGGUCUGCAAGGCAAAGAUGGACCCACUGGACCUCAAGGGCCUCCAGGACCCGUGGGAAUACCUGGCGCUCCAGGUGUGCCAGGAGUGAUGGGUAAUGUUGGGCCCCAAGGUGAUGCUGGAUCACCUGGUCUUCCUGGAGCAAAAGGCGAGAGGGGUGAACGAGGAGACCUUCAGUCCCAUGCAAUGGUGCGGGCAGUAGCCCGUCAGGUGUGUGAACAGCUCAUCCAGGGUCACCUGGCUAGGUAUAACUCCAUCUUAAAUCAGAUUCCAAGCCAGUCUGUCUCAACGCGGACUGUCCCCGGACCACCUGGGGAACCAGGUCGGCAAGGACUCCCUGGAUCGCAGGGAGAACAAGGAUCUCCAGGAAGGCCUGGAUUUCCAGGUAACCCUGGCCAGCCCGGAAGACCUGGUGAAAGAGGUUUAUCAGGAGAGAAGGGAGAGCGAGGUAACCCAGGUGUUGGAACACAAGGCCCCCGAGGCCCUCCAGGGCCUGCAGGACCUCCGGGCGAAAGUCGAACUGGCAGCCCUGGCCCCCUGGGUCCACCAGGCCCGAGAGGACAAACGGGGCAUACAGGUGUUCCUGGGCCGCAGGGUGUGGCAGGACAACCAGGGUACUGUGACCCUGCUUCCUGUGCUGGUUAUGGGACAGGGGGUGGAUACGGGGAUCCAACCGAUCAAGACAUCCCCGUCGUGCCAUUACCACAUAACUCUUACCAACUCUAUGACCCUGAAGACCUUUAUGAUGAAGAGCAACAGCCCUAUCUAGCUCAUGGGCCCUACCCUCAUCCCCAGUCCUCCUAUCCAGGGCCUCGUCUUGCUCAACCAGAGUUUACACCUGUUCGUGAAGAAAUGGAGGCAGUUGAAUUGAGAUCGCCUGGAAUAAGCCGCUUCACAAGUAGAAUCUCCAAAAGAAGUGUCAACUCUCCAAAGCGCAAGAGGCUUACUAAGAAAACCUCUUAAGGAACUAUUGCUUUUCAGUGUGUUAUAUACAUAAUUUUUUUAGGCCUCUGUCCACUUGCCUAAAUAUUGUCAUGGAAAUGUUUACAGGCUCAUAUGUCAAAGGGAAAAAACAUAUUGUACAUGACCACUUUGACAGAAGGGGGGGGGGAUGGAGGGAUGCCAAUUACAUUGCAUGCCAGAAGCUAUUAGCAUUAUAGGGGGUUAUUGCUAAAUGAAAACUCCCAGGGACAUUUUGGUAGAUCUUUAUAGUUAUUUUACAAGCACGGUUUGAUGCACAUUUCAAAACACUAUAUUACCAACAGGUAUAUUGAAUAAGUCAAAAAGAGUUAAGUUCAGUCAUAUCAUGCCUACUGAACAUCUGUCCAAAUUCUGAUCAUGUGCUUUCCUAGCAAGGUAACCCUGCUAAAGCCAACUGUGUUGGUUGAUUUUUGUUUUUGUUUUUAAUUCACUUUUGGAAAAGAAGACUUACAUGAAAUGGGAUUUUCUUCUCACAGUAUUCCUAUUAAAUAUCUAUUAGAAACACGCUGAUAAUUUAUUGUGGGUCUAUUACUACUCUUGUUUUGUAUACAAAUAAACAUGGCAAACUUUUAUAAAUUAA